UCAGGAAUCACAUAAUUUCCUGUGAUUAAUCGUGGCGAGCCUUUCACUCGACGUCUCUUUUAACGGCCGCCUCUCCGGCCCUUCCCCCUCAACAUUUUCACCGUCUUUCGGUAGCCAUUCGGCCACAGUCAUUCUUUAGUUUAUUUUUUAUACUGCAUACAGUUCAUCACGCUCUUUAAUAUUGUAAUAAUUGUUGUGUCGUCCGUCCAGCUGAAAUAAUACACUCUUUCGAUUUUCUACCUGCGACGGCCACCUUAAUACGCUCUCUCACAGCAUAAAGAUUCCUGGAGAACCUAAUCGUCACUCUUUUCAAGAACACGUCCACGCAAACAAACUCUUACCAAAUCCAUCCAAUCCUAACUAGCCUUAUCACACACAAUGGCCUACUCAACAUCAACAGACAGCGGCUUCUUUGUCGAAUCCGAUGAGCCUCGACAGCCUAAGAUGAGUAUGAAGGAUGCAGCAAAAAUGUUGGCCCGCAACAGACAAGAAAUGAUUGCGAACGACCUGUCUCGGUUAGCCGGCGAUGAAUAUCUCGAGGAUAUCAUGCAACAUAUGAGACACAUGGAGGACGAGACGUUACCUGACGCCAAUCUAAUCGAUAUGCAGCGAGAGAUUCAAUGGUUCAUGCGACCUUAUCUGAUCGAUUUCUUAAUUGAGGCUCACGCUGCCUUCGCACUUCUUCCCGAGACUUUGUUUUUAACCGUGAACCUCUUGGACCGCUACUGCUCAAAGCGAGUCGUCUAUAAGCAGCACUAUCAACUGGUUGGGUGCGCAGCCUUACUCAUCGCUGCCAAGUAUGGUGACAAGAAAGACCGAGUCCCCCAGAUCAACGAGUUGAACAACAUGUGUUGUGGACUUUACGAUUCGGGCAUGUUUACCCAAAUGGAAAUGCAUGUUCUUAACACCCUUGAAUGGACCAUCGGACACCCAACCGUCGACUUCUUUACCCAGCUCAUAGUUGCCGAGGAGGCCGAUGACCGAGAAGUUGACCACAUGGCCGCUUACCUCUGCGAAAUUGCAUUGUACCACCGAGACUUCGUUUCCACCAAGCCCUCGAUAAUGGCACGUGCCUCGCUCGCUCUCGCCCGUGCGAUACUUGGACGACCGGAAGUGAACGACGGAGAAUGGGAUCACAUUGAGAAUGUGACGGUCCUCGCCCUAUCGCAACACUUGCACCAGCCAUCCGUCACCUUGUCAAGAAAGUACUCUUCCCAGCACUUCUCUCGCGUCUCUGGAAAGCUAGCCGAAUUUCUUGAACAGCAAGCUGCUAUCGCCCAUCGAGCGCAAGGUCCCCCUUCCCCCCCGGCUGAAUCUACGUUGUCAGCACCGCACUCGAACAUCUACAGCACUCCUCAGAAAGGCCACGGUGCCGCUUUAGGUGUCGCCGACGGAUAUCUAACUCCGCCUAUUACACCUGACGGAGUCAACUUCGGUGUUGCAGACCCAAUGAACAAGUACGUCCCGCCUCGGUGCCCGGUUACCCCUACACCUCAGCCUCCCAGCAUGGCCGGUUAUCAGCAGCAGCAGCAACCGCAACCACUACCACUACCUCAGCAGCAGCAAUAUACUGCUUACUCGUACGAACAGUACAGUGGUCAGAUGGUCUCAUAAAGCUCCCUGUUCCCUGGCCAACAUUUCCACAUAUUUGAUGUAAACUCACUAUCAAUUUUAACACACUAACGA